AUGCACGAGUUUUUUAAUCGCGAGCCUGAGAAUUGGAAUAUCUUGGCUUUUUUGGAAGAAUGCAAUCUACCAUUAUUCAAGCAAAAGAUCGAGUUGUACCUCACAUCUCUCGAGGCCAUUUCUGAUACUCAAAAAGCAUUUGGUAGCGUUGGCGCGAUGACUUUGGGUCAUGCGCCAAUCAAGUCUUUGGGACAGGCUACGAAGCAGUGCUGGGGCGCAAGACAACAUCUUUGGGAGUUUCUUACGUUCGAGACUUUGGGUCGACUUGGCACUUGCCCCACUAGGCGUAAGAAACAUCUUUGGGAUUUCUUACGUUUGAGACUUCGGGUCGACUUGUGGGCAAAAUCGGAUAAUGGUUCUGAUUGUGCUCAUGCUCGAGAUUGGAAGAAUGAAAAGAAAACUAAACCAGUCGAUAAAACGUCGGUUCACUUUCACCAAGUUACGGCGACGGAUAACUCAAUGAUUGGGAUCAAUAAUGGAUCUUUCGAUGUUAGUAGCAAGUCAAAAAGAUCGACUAGAAAAAGAAAGUCAAUAUGUUAUUCUGAAAGUUCAGAAGAAGAUCAUUUGUCGGAUCCAGAUUACGCGGAGAAAUCCGAGAGAAAACAAAAAUCAAGAUCAAAACGAUCACGUGGAAAAGCGAACCGUGAUAAGGGCAUUAUCAUUCCAUCAGUAGAAACUUCAGAGGAACAAACUACAAUGUUGUUUACUCUAAAAGAUACUACUUUGCAUGAAAUCACAUCCCAACAAUCCUUGACGUCAGAAUACAUUGCUAUUUCGCAUAAAGAUACACCAUGUCCAGUUACCCAAUCGACCCAACAGACAUCAUUAAAUACUAUUUCUACUUCGCGUGAUACACCACGUUCAGUUAUCCAAUCGACUCAACAAGCCUCAAUUUUUGCACCGCAAAAACCUAUCAUAACAAAAGCUAUGCGUGAUAGAUAUUCACUAUAUCUCAUCUGCGCAUUUAACUCGACAAUAAAUUACAUCAAGGAAUCUGUUGAAGAGGAAGUCUACACAGAAAUAAAAAAUCUAUUACAAGCAAAGGAUCGACUUAUUUUGCAAGAAACUAAUAACUAA